AUGAAUGCUGUUCUUAGUGCAGAAAGUACUGAACAUAUCCACUGGAAUACUGUAUACUGCACAGGAGUGGAGGGAUGACUCAGCUGUUUAUAAAGGUUUAAAUGCGCAUUAUAAAUAAUUUUGACGUUGAGUACAAACACCGGAAAACAAUCUAUUGUCGAGCGGAACCAAAGUUGUGUGCCAUGUUUCCAGACGGUCGACGGAACGUCUGUCCGACUUUAUUUUGCGUUCGUGUGGAAAACCAGCAAAUUGGGAGCUAAAUGCGUUUUUUUUUUUAAGUUUGUUAACGUGAAUGCGACUUUUUUGGUGUUUAAAUGCUUUUAUUUUUGCGACCACAACAAAACAUUUGUUAACUCCAGCAAGAAACAUAAAACAUUACUCAAAUUAGCAUCUUUGUGGCUAAUAUGACUGAUAGCAGCCCUAACUAGCUCAGUUUUCCAGCAACUUUCUGAUCAUGUCGGGACUUUUUAUCACCCGAACGUGUUCUGGUCGACUCAAACUAUUUCACAAACUAUUCUCACAGACAAGAACCCUGUCAAAAAGCUGCCAGUCUGACGAGAACAUCCGGAGGUUUAUUUCAGAGAACACUGAAGUGGUCGGAGGACAGAGUCUGACCCCGGAGAUCAAACUGAGAUUAUUCACCCCAGACUGCAGGUUCUGGACAGAAAGACCAGAGCUGUGGCCCUUUGAGGACCCCUAUUGGGCCAUUUAUUGGCCCGGAGGACAGGCACUCUCCAGGUUCGUCCUGGAUCGCCCGGAGGUCUGUCGGGGUCGGACGGUGCUGGAUCUGGGGAGCGGAUGUGGAGCUUCCUCCAUCGCUGCACAGCUCUGCGGUGCUGCUCAUGUAGUGGCUAAUGACAUUGACAGUGUUGCAGCUGUUGCGACUCACAUGAACUGUGAGCUGAACGGCGUGGAGUCCCCUGUUUGUGUGACUGACAACCUGAUUGGUUCAGAUCCCGACGGCUUCGACCUGAUCCUCCUUGGUGACAUGUUCUAUGACGAGGCGCUCGCCACCAGCCUUCACAGCUGGUUGGACCGCUGCAUCCAAGUCCACGGCACCAGAGUUCUGAUCGGAGAUCCUGGACGAGCGCAGUUUGAGGGACAUAACAUCCGACGGCUGCUGCAUCAGAUGGCUCAGUUCGAGCUGCCCGAGUCUGUCAGAGAGGAGAACUACGGUCUGACCUGCAGCAGCGUUUGGUGCUACAAUCCUGAACUCUGAGGACAACAGAGGAUCAGCUGCACUUUAUCAGUUAAAUCUGGCACAUGUACUCACCUGAAUAUAACUCAAUGAGGAGCUAUGAGAUUAUUUUGUUGCCAUUUUCUACUUAGGGUCACUCAGCUUUAUCUGGACUAGUAAUGCCAACAACUACCUCAGCUACCCAGAAAACUGUGUGAAGUUUGCAUGAACAAUAUGACGAAGCAAUAUGUUUAUUGGUGGAUGUUAAAGCAACACAGCUUGGGAAAUUAUUCAACAUUUUGUUUGUGGAGUGAAUCUGAUCUUUGAAUUAAACUUUUUAUCAGA